AUGAAACGAGAAGCGACUUCAGCUCAAGUUGCUGCUUUCUUGGUAGCCUUGAAGUUAAACAAUAAGGAAUAUGAUCCAGAAAUAAUUGCAGCCUGUUCUGAAUCAUUGCUUAAAUUUGCUUUGGAAAUAGACUUCUCAAUGUUUGAUGGUUUACAGGAUUCUCUCAUUGAUGUGGUUGGAACUGGUGGCGACGGAAUGAAUACUUUUAAUGUGUCAACCACUGCAGCAAUAGUCAUUGCUGGUGCUGGGUGCAAAGUAGCUAAAUUUGGUAACAAAGCUGCUUCAUCACAAUGUGGAUCUGCUGACAUUCUCGAAAAAGUCGGAUGCGAAAUCACGAAUAUUGCGCCUUCAAAAGUUCCAAUUAUAAUUAACUCUACAAAUUUUUGUUUUCUUUAUGCGCAAAAAUUUCAUCCUGCUGUAAAGAAUGUGGCAGAGACACGACUUGAGAUUGGUAUACCAACUAUAUUCAAUUUAUUAGGGCCUUUAAGUAAUCCGGCGAGGCCUAAGCGAGUUGUAAUAGGAGUACAUUCCAAGUUUUUAGGAAAAUUAGUAGCAGAUGCAUUGGCAUUAAAAGGAGUUAAAGAAGCCAUGGUAGUUCACGGAGCUAUUGGAUUAGAUGAAAUUAGUCCAGAAGGCCAGACUUUUAUUUGGCAUCUUUCAAAUUCCGAUAUAAAAGAAUACAUUGUAACCCCAUCCGACUUUGGGUUACCCAGUCAUCCAAUAAGCGCAGUUAAGGGAGGUAGUCCAAGUGAGAAUGCAGAACUUUUAAUUCGGCUGCUCUCUAAUAAAUAUGAGGGUCCGAUUUUAGAUUUUGUACUUUUAAAUUCUUCAGCUGCAUUGGUUGUUUCUGGACUAGCCAAGGAUUUCAAAGAUGGUGUAAGAUUAGCACGUGAAAGUAUUUCAAAUGGUAGAGCUAAAAAUGCGUUUGAAGGAUUCAAGAGACAAACAAAUAAUAAGGACUAA